AUGACUCCCGGGCGGAAUCUAAACAACCAGGCAAGGGCUGCAGACCCACACAGCCACACAGCCUUUCCCGCACAGCGAUUGGCCUGUGUGCAGAAGAGCCCACACCAGCGGCCAGGCCCCUGCCCUGGCUUUCCAGGUUUCCGCCCAUUCGACAGAAGGCCGAGGCCCACAGCCAGUCCCGCAGGCAGGAGCAGCAGCAGCCUCAGGCCCUCCCGCGGCCUGACCAGUCUGGAAGCAGCGUCUGGAGCCAACACCACUCGAGCCCUGGAGCAGGGCUGGCCUAUCCCCAAUCCCUGCACGGCUCAGCCUGCUCGCCAUGAACUCCCUGCGAUCCUCAGGGCGCCGGGCCCACAGGCCUGCGCCGCCAGUCUCCGCCCUGUUUUCCUGCCUAGGCACCGGGGGAUCAGUUUCCCCAGGACACUAAAAGCUCCAGGCCUCCCUCUGAAGCCCACUGCCUUCUUUCCCCCACACCCUGGGCUAUCCUCUUUUCCCGCCCUGGCCCGCUGCUGCCCGGAGAAGGUCACACCCGGGCCUAGGAAGCCAAGGCCCCCGCAGGCCCCGUCCUCCCCUCCUCCUGCUGCCGGGCCCGCCAGCCACCUGCCCGUUCUGCUGCCAAGAGGUCGGGGUCCCGGGGUCCUAGAACGGGCUGGGGUCGCCGGCACGGAGUCGGCCGGGCAAACUUCAGGACGACGUGGAAAAAGCAAAGGCGAGCACAAGAGAAGGCUGGAGCGCCAGAUCGAUCGAGCGAUCGAGGCCACCCGACCCCACCCGCACCGCCCCGGGCCUGCAGCGGGACGGCAACUCCUCCCGGCAGGUUCCCGGCGAGACCGUGCGCCAGGCCGCCCCGCCCCGAGGCUGC